AUGGACAUAGAAUCACAACAACAGUCAAUAUCUUUAUACAGCUUUAUAGCCUUAGGAGUUGUUAUAAUCGUGUUGUGUAUAGCUUUGGGUUUAUUAUUAAAUUUUUUUAUUGUUUGUACAAAAAGAAAACGAGCAAAUCAGGGAACUUAUAGUCCCUCAACACAAGAAAUGACUGGAAAUGCCAGAUUUUUUAUUACUACAAAUAAUCAGCAAAAAUUAAAUAAAAAUAAACAAAAAAUCCAAUUAUCUAAAAGAAAAACUUAG